AUGGAUUGUUCUGAAGAGGUUCAGUCACUCACGGAUGAAGCAAGCACUCCGAUGGAGUUGAAGAAAGGAAUGUCAAUAUUUUUGGAUAUCUUGAGGAGAGCUGACAAAAAUGAUGAUGGAAAGCUGUCCUUUGAAGAAUUCAAAGCUUACUUUUCUGAUGGAGUUCUGUCAGGGGAUGAAUUGAAAGAGCUCUUCCAUACCAUUGACACUCACAAAACAGACAAUGUAGACACUGAUGAGUUGUGUGAAUACUUCUCUCAGCAUCUCGGAGAGUAUGAAAAUGUCCUUGCUGCCUUGGAGGACCUGAACAUCUCCAUCCUGAAGGCCAUGGACAAAACCAAAAAGGAAUAUCAGGAGGCCACACACCUGGAGCAAUUUGUGACGCGUUUCUUGCUGAAGGAGACCACCAGUCAGCUACAGUCCCUCCAGAGUUCUCUGGAAUGUGCUAUGGAGACUACAGCUGAGCAGACCCGCCAGGAGAGACAGGGGCCCGUGAAGCCUGAGGUUCUGUCGAUUCAGUGGUCAGGAAGGCGAUCCAAUCGAAGACUUCAAAGGAAUAAUAGCUUGUCUCCAAACAACCCACUUCUCAACCUCGUCAAUUCAGGUCUUUAUGAAGAGGACAACCAGUGGAUUACUCAGAUCAACAGACUCCAGAAGCUCAUUGACCGCCUUGAAAAGAAGGAGCUGCGUCUUGAGCCUGUUGAAGAGGAGGUCUUGGAAAGCACCACUAAAUCACACAUUCUGAUUGUCCAGAGGCAGCUUUCCGUGCUCGAAGAAGAGCAGGAGGAGUUCCGCCUGGCUCUGAGGCAAUACAUCGACUGCGCUAGCGCCCAGAUCGGCUGCCUGCACGUUGCAGUUCAACGGAUUUCAAAUGAGUCUCGCUUCAUUCUCUACGAGUUUUGGGAGCAUAGCAAUGUGUGGAAGAAUCAUCUGCAAACCAACUACAGCAAAACCUUUCAGAGGGGUAAUGUUGACUUCUUGGAAACUCCAGAGAUCAUGACAACAAUGCUAGUGCCAGCGUCUUGGUGGGUUCUUAACAACAACUAGAACCGGCUGAUUCCAGAAAGCUGACGCCACUCGGGACCAGUGAGAGCCCUAAUGUGACAUCUCUUUUUUCUUAAUCCCUGGGAAGUGCAUACUCGUGUUAACGUUUGCCGUGAAUGUCAUGGUGAAUAUCGGUGG